GUGGAAAUGGAAUGUAGCUGCUCACAAACGUAUUCACGAUUUGGACGUAGUUGAUUUCUUGGAUAUUUUCCCCAUGUUUAUCGGCAUCUGUAUCUUUUCUUAUCAUCAGAGCUUCCAUUGACUUACGUGGAUCAAGGGUCUGAGUGGAAAUUUAUUCGCUGGGCGGCAAGUAAAAUGGAUCCAUCGCAAACUUACUACCGCUUUGUGGUACUGUUCUUCAACUGCAUGUUGACGUUUGGGACCUACUUUUGUUUUGACAUGCCCAGCGUUCUCCAAGCAGUCUUGCAAGGAAAUAUCACAUGCAUAAAUGCAACAAAAACUGACUGUGUGGAGGGAUUAGACAUGACGCCGGACCAGUAUAAUCUCCUGUAUGCCAUCUAUGCAUGGACGAAUGCCAUAGUGGUGAUUGGGGCUGGGUUCUUGAUCGACAAACUUGGAAAUCGAGUUGGACUGUUUCUGUUUUCCGGCCUGUGUCUGAUCGGUUCCAGCACGUUUGCCGCAGGAGCGAUGCUCAAGGGCACUAACGCCAUGUUUCCUAUCAUGCUCAUUGGCAGGUUGAUAUUUGGAUCAGGAAACGGCUCGCUGACCAUCGUCCAGAAUCGUAUCACUGCCUACUGGUUCAGAGACAAGGAGCUAGCCUUUGCUUUUGGGAUCACUUUGACAUUCUCAAGAUUGGGAAGCGUACUGAACUUCUUCCUCACCAAGUCCAUUGAAGAUAAAGUUGGUCUGAAUUGGGUUCUGUGGGGUGGUGCCUUCCUGUGUGCCCUGGGGUUUGUCGCGGCUAUUGUCACAAGUGGUCUGGAUAUAUAUGGAGUUCGCCAACUUGGCCAGGAAUCUAACGUGAAGCAGAGCUCUAAGCAGCUUCACUUCAGUGACAUCCGUUACUUCACUUCAUCAUAUUGGCUGGUUGUCUUGACGAUCAUGUUCUUCUACAACGGUGUCUUCCCUUUUGUGGCAGAUGCAAGUAAGUUCAUCCGAGACAAGUAUAAUUUCACCGAGGAGUCUCCAGUACCUGGCUACUUGGCAGGAGCUGUAUAUGAUGUCUCACUCCUCCUGUCUCCGUUCCUAGGGGCUCUGAUUGACAUCGUAGGAAUGCGUGGCGUGUUAGCAUUGUCUUGCUCCAUUGCCACUCUGCCUGUGUUUGGUCUGUUGGCUUUUACCAGCGUCUAUCCGCUGGUGUCCACGCUAUGGCUUGGCUUUACCUACUCUUUUGCUGCGGCAAGUCUGUGGCCAUCUAUCCCCCUCGUGGUCACCCAGGCAACCAUUGGCACGGCGAUGGGGUUUGCGACAUCCGUCCAGAUGAUUGGGAUUGGCAUAUGCAACCAAGUCAUUGGCGCUAUUCUAGGAAACUCCAAUAAACCCUUGCCAUAUGAGGAGAAAGUACAGCGAUGGAAGUAUGUCAUGAUAUUCCUGUUUGCUAACACGUGUUGUUGUGUCGUAACGGCAGCGCUUCUCAAUAUCUCAGACAAGAGAAAGGGUCGUGUCUUGAACCAGAGUCGACGUCAACGAUUGCAGCGCAUGGCCUCACUGACUGAGAGUUUAGUAACUGACGAUGAUUCCCCACAUAGUCCUCUGUCUGUCAAUGAUUCAGAACCCCUACUCUAUUCACCUGACCCUCUCAAAGAAGAAAUGUAUGAUCCUACCGUCAUCAAGUCUUAAACAGUUCCUCAAAAUGCUGGCUUUAGCUUUGGCUGUGAUUCAGACCUCAAAGGUAUUUGUGUUUGAAUCAGGUGAAAAGACUGCAAAGUCUGGCUCUGUAAUGUUCUUGAGACAGAAUUUAGACAAAAGUUGAUCCAAACACUCAAAGAAGCCAAGGGCGUAAAACCAUGAAGCUCUACCCUGAAGCCAAAGCUGAAAUCUAACCCAGGAUUUAAAGAAAGGCCUGAAAUUGCAAGGUAAAAUUGUACACAAAUCCAGAAAAAAAACAAGUCCCAAGUCAGAUUAAAGUAACAGGGGAUGAACAGUUACACAAAAAUGCCUUUUUCGGGCUUGAAGCAAUUUCGAAUGAUAUUUGAGUAUUCAACCUUCCAUUCGAUCGAAUAUUCGGUUAUACCUCAAGGCAGAUCUUCGUUCACCUGAUUUCCAGUAAAAAUGCCGUCAUGAAGGUUUCAUUAUAAUUCAUUUCAACACAAUUUACAUCAAUACAUGUAUAUCAUUUAUUUACAAAGAAUGCUAACUUUGCACAUUCACAAAUUUUAUUUUCUUCAAAAUCCAUUUCUAUAUUCUCGGAUGGAUUCUACAUUUGAUUGUUGUGGGCAUUUAAUCAGCUAAGUGUCUGGCAACAACUUCAAAUAAUAUCAAGUUCGGGCAAGGACCAUUAGUCGACUAGUG